AUGCAAGCAAUCCUCAAAACUCUCAUCCAAACCCCAUCCUCAUUCACGCCAUCUCUCGCUCACGAUGCCACCAACUUGAUUAUGACGGGUCAAGCUACAGCUUCCCAAAUAGGUGCCUUCCUAAUCGCAAUCAAGCUUACGAAUCUAGAAACAAAUCCAGCCAUUGUGGCGGCUAUUGCCAAUGCUAUGCGAGAUGCUGCUCUGCGUAUUGCGCAGGAUGACAACUGGAAUGUGUGUGAUGUCGUCGGGACCGGUGGUGAUGGCCAGGAUACGUUCAAUGUAUCGACGGCGACGGGGAUAGUGUGUGCUGGGGCGGGGUGUCGUGUUGCAAAGCAUGGAAAUCGAGCUGCUUCAUCUAAAUGCGGUUCAGCAGAUGUACUGGAAGAAAUGGGUGCUUCGCUACUAUCCAUAACGCCAGAAUCUGUACCAUCGCUCGUGAAAGAGGACGGAGGCUUUUGCUUUUUAUUCGCACAAGCAUUUCAUCCUGCUAUGAAGCAUGUCGCUGCUGCUCGUAAGGAAAUCGGUGUGAGGACUAUCUUCAACUUACUUGGACCAUUAUCGAAUCCCGCACGACCUAAACGGGUCGUAGUCGGAGUUGCGUCACAGGAUUUUGGGAAGGCUAUGGCUGAAGCGUUGGCAUUAACGGGUGUGGAACGUGCGUGGGUUGUUAAUGGAAGUGUAGAUGGCACGAAUACUGGUGGUCUUGAUGAGUUGAGCCCAGCAGGUCCAACCCAUGUAUGGUCCCUCGAAAACAACAAAAUUACCGAGUUCACCGUAACACCACUCGAUUUCGGACUCGAAAUCCACCCCUUAUCAUCAGUCGUUGGUGGCGACCGUGUACAUAACGGGUCCAUCAUGAAAGACUUGCUGGCAGGUCGAUUACCAGAAGGAAACCCCGUGCUUGAUUUUGUAUUGCUCAAUUCAGCUGCCUUGUUGUUUGUUGAUGGGAAGGCUGGGAGUUAUAAAGAGGGUGUUGAGAUGGCUAGGAGGUCGAUACUUGAAGGGAAGGCUAAGAAGGCUUUGGAUGCGUUUGUCUCUGCUACUGAGAAGCUGAAGGAGGACGCGUUGGCUGAGGCUGUGUCGAAUUGA